CGCAUAAUACGUCUCAACCUACUUUGCAAUCCGACAGGAAAACCCAAUGCGUUUCGAGCUGUGGAUUGGUUAGUAGAGCGAAACAAUCUCUACACAAAGGUCAUCUUUGCAGGUACAGGUCCAAACCGCACAAUUGACCACAUCAUUAAACAGUCACCAUUGAUUGAGGUGUUUCGCAACUGCCAUGUCAUCAUGGAGAACGCGUUUUACCUGAAAAAUCGAACCAUCCGGCACACACACCCAGACAUGGCAGCCACCAUUGAGAAGCUUCGAUCGCAUAUCCAGUCAACAUCGUCGUAUAUGAUAUCACAAAACAGGAGUGCAAAGCGAGUUAUAGAAGACCAGAUUGCGGUUGGGAUGAAGCUGAUACAACAGAAAAAAGUUAGCCUAACAAUGUCCAGUGAAGACCGCUAUGAAGCAGAGGCGGAGGAUUUCAAUAACUAA